AUGGCAGAUGCCAAGCUGGAUGCGAAAACCGUGCAGGUGCUGCGAGACGCGGCUAACCGCCUGCGGGUCCAUUCUAUCAGGGCCACGUGUGCCUCCAGCUCCGGCCACCCCACGUCGUGCUGCAGCGCCGCAGAGAUCGUGGCCGUCCUCUUCUUCCACGCGAUGAGGUAUAAACAAACCGACCCACAACACCCCGACAACGACCGAUUUGUGCUCUCCAAGGGCCACGCUGCCCCAGUGCUCUAUGCUGCCUGGGCAGAGGUGGGUGACAUCAGUGAGUCCGACUUGCUGAGCUUGAGAACAAUUCACUGCGACUUGGCAGGACAUCCCACCCCUCGGCUGCAGUUUGUUGACGUGGCAACAGGAUCCCUUGGGCAGGGAUUAGGUCCAGCGUGUGGAAUGGCUUAUACCGGCAAGUACUUCGACAAGGCCAGCUACCGCGUGUUCUGCCUUGUGGGCGACGGCGAGGCCUCAGAAGGCUCUGUCAGGGAAGCUUUGGCCUUUGCGUCCCACUACAAAUUGGACAAUCUCGUGGCAGUCUUCGACGUGAACCGCUUGGGACAGAGUGGUACCGCGCCCCUUGAGCACUGCACAGGCAUCUAUCAGAAUCGCUGUGAAGCCUUUUGUUGGAACACUUACUUUGUGGAUGGCCAUGAUGUGGAAGCAUUGUGCCAAGCCUUUUGGCAGGCAACACAAGUGAAGAACAAGCCUACUGCUAUUGUUGCCAAGACCUUCAAGGGUCGAGGUAUUCCAAAUAUCGAGGAUGCAGAAAAUUGGCAUGGAAAGCCACUGCCGAAAGAAAGAGCAGAUGCAAUUAUCAAAUUAAUUGAAAGUCAGAUACAGACCAAUGGGAAUCCCAUUUCAAAACCCCCUGUGGAGGACUCACCUCAAAUUAGCAUCACCAAUAUAAAAAUGACCUGUCCACCUGCUUACAAAGUUGGCGACAAGAUAGCUACUCGGAAAGCAUGUGGUUUGGCUCUGGCUAAACUGGGUGGUGAAAAUGAAAGAGUUAUUGUUCUGGAUAGUGAUACAAAGAACUCCACGUUUUCUGAGAUAUUCAAAAAAGAACACCCUGAGCGUUUCAUAGAAUGUUUCAUUGCUGAGCAAAACACGGUAAGCGUGGCAGUGGGCUGUGCCACACAUGGUCAAACCAUUGUUUUUGCUAGUACUUUCACUGCCUUUUUCACCCGAGCAUUUGAUCAGAUCCAAAUGGGAGCCAUCUCUCAAACCCAUAUCAACCUUAUUGGUUCCCACUGUGGAGUAUCAGUUGGUGAAGAUGGACCCUCCCAGAUGGCCCAAGAGGAUCUAGCCAUGUUCCGAACCAUUCCCAAUUGCACUAUUUUCUAUCCAAGUGAUGCCCUUUCGACAGAGCAUGCUGUUUAUCUAGCUGCCAAUACCAAAGGAAUGUGUUUCAUUCGGACCAGCUGACCAGAAACUGAAGUUAUUUAUACCCCACAAGAAAAUUUUGAGAUUGGACAGGCCAAAGUAGUCCGCCACAGUGACAAUGACAAGGUCACAGUUGUUGGAGCUGGAGUUACUCUACACGAAGCCUUAGCAGCUGCUGACAAUCUUUCUCAACAAGGUAUUUCUAUCCGUGUCAUUGACCCAUUUACUAUUAAACCGCUGGAUGUUGCCACUAUCAUCUCCAGUGCAAAAGCCACAGGCAGCCGAGUUAUCACAGUGGAGGACCACUACAGAAGAGAAGGUGGCAUUGGAGAAGCUGUAUGUGCAGCUGUCUCCAGGGAGCCCGACAUCCUUGUUCAUCAGCUGGCAGUGUCAGGAGUGCCUCGAAGUGGGAAGCCUAGUGAACUGCCGGAUAUGUUUGGAAUCAGUGCCAGACACAUCAUAGCGACUGUAAAAUAUACUUUAAUGAACUAAAAUAAGCUCAUUUCUUAAAAAGUCCAUCCUGUUGG